UAAAAUCAAGGGUUAUAAGUAAUAUAUUUAUUUAAUUAUAUCCGUUAUUAUGGAUCUUAUUGUUUUACUUUCUAUAUUUUCUGCUUCAGUGGUUUUUGGGUUGUUUAGUUAUGUAUUUCGUUAUAAAUUUUUUAAAAAUGAAUCAAAAAAUGUUGUAGAAGAUGAACCUAUAGUUAGGCCAAGACCAGGAUUACGUGCACCUAAUCGCCAUGUAUUACGUCGAAAUAAUCGGAAUGUUAUUGAACCUAGAAAUGAAAAUGCUGAAAAUGAUAAUGACGUAGUUGAUCCAAGUGUUACUUCUGCUAUUGAUCCAAAAUUAGGAGCAAAAAAAAGAGCAAAAUUAGAAGCUAAAGCAGAGAAAAAAAUACAACGAGAAGUUGAACUAAAAGAACGUGAAGACCGUAAAAAGAAGAAAGAUGCAGAAGAGGCAGAAAGAAAAGCUCUUGAAGAUCAAGAAUUGCGACAAGAGCAAGAGCGUUUAGCUUUAGAAAAGAAAAUUGCAGAAGAAAAAGCUAAAAAAGAACAUGAAGAGUACUUAAAAUUAAAAGAAACUUUUGGCAUUGAAGAAGAAGGCUACGAAGAAACAUUAGAAGAUGAAGGUGCCACCUUAACACAGUUCAUUGAUUUCAUUAAGGGAAACAAAGUCAUAUUUUUGGAUGAACUUGCUUUGAAGUUCAAAUUAAAAACUCAAAUUGCAAUUGAUAGAAUUCAAAGUUUAUUGGAAGAUGGUUCAUUAACUGGUGUAAUUGAUGAUAGAGGAAAGUUCAUAUAUAUAUCACAAUCUGAACUUGAUGCAGUUGCUACCUUCAUCAAAAAACGUGGACGGGUUUCAUUAAUAGAAUUAGCUGAACAUAGCAAUAAUUUAAUUGUUCUUGAUAAACCUAUUUCAGCAUCAUAAAAAUAUAUUAAAAUAUUAAAUGGUUA